ACCUCUGUUGCAUCGGUUCUUGAAAUCGAUUGGUAAAUAGAAGAAAUCUAUGAUCCCAGGACCGUGGCCGUUUUCUGUAAAUUCAUUCAAUAACAUUUGCUGGGUGUAUUUGUUGGGGAUAUUUCGAACCAUCAGUGAAGACCUUUUAUCCAAUUCAUUCUCGACUAAUUCCAAAUCUAGUAUCAGAUUCUGGCUUUGUCCGUCCCUAGAACUUCCUGCCAUACUGUCAACAAGGGAGUUGAUGCUUCGCAUGUUUGAACCAUGACUAGUGUGACUUCCUAUUGACCUGUCAUCUGUGUAGUAUCCUGAUGUACCUGUAUGGCGAGAACUUCCAGCCGAAAUUACUGAGCUGCCCCCAGGAAAAUUACCGUGAUUUAUAUGAGGCUGUUGGUAGUACUGUUGUUGAUGAGGUGACGGCUGGUGACUCACUGGACGGUUCAUGUAAGUUCCAUGAUGGCCAUGUCCGCCGUGACCUAUAUGAUCAUUGGGGUGAUGAGAGCCUCUAUAAGAUGAAUAACUCGGAUGCUGGUGUUGGUUGUGAUGAACGACAUAAGUAUUACCACCGUGAUUAUAUCUCGCAUCUUGAGGCCCUGGACCAUAACCGAGCUGUGAAGGAUGGUCUUCAUUAUGCAUACCUCUUUCGUAUCUACCAUCUCUAUGGCCCCCCAUACCUCUAGAGUCAGGACGUGACCGAUACGUAUCAGGUGUAUUGACUAGUUGCCUUCCUCUGUUUGGUGGCGCUCCUUGCCCUGCACCACCUUUGGUACGCCARCGACCUAAAAGAGCGAGGAGUUCUCGUCCCUUCUUUCGAUCAGCAGGACUUCUAAUACCUACCUCAAUGCUGACGUCGGGUCCCCAGGGCUGACGAGUUUCGAGUUCGUAAACCACUUGUCUCGCAUCGUGGAGAUCAUUGAAUUCUGCAAUAAAAGAUCCGUAACUUCCUGAUCGCAGAGAGCGUAUCGCUCCGAAUUGCGACAAAUAGCUCCCAAGGUUGCUUUGACCGAUUUGACCAGGUAAAUCGUUGAUCACAACCAAACUUUCAUCGUUCUGAGAAGACGAGUUAAUUGGAAUACAAUAUUUGAUAUGAAUGUUUCCGCCCGUUGGAUGCAACCCUUGCAAUCUUCUCGGCAACUGCAUAGCCGCAAACUGAACGCUACGCAUAUCAAAAUAGCUGAUGAAGAUGACACCAACGCGUUCCCAAAAUUCUGAGCGGAAAUUCUCUAUUGCUCCAAAAUUGUCGCACAGCUCCUCGAUUUGAUUGCACGGAAUUGCGGCUGCAUUGAAAAUCGCCAACGUUCUACUAGUUUCAUGUUGAUUAGUAUCCCAUGUAAAGGGACGUAAAUCGUUUUCCGCAUCUAUGCCUUGUGGUGAGGAUCCACGAUGGCGGUUUCCGUCGAUGAUCCCGACACCACCACCGUCCAUACUUUCGAUAGUUCGAUUGGACGACUGAGGUUUACCAGUGGGACUCAGAUUCCCCCCUCCACCUCUGCUACCACCUGCGUCGGACCAGAGGUUUUGCAUGUCUUGCUGAAUGCCAUAUGUAAAAUUCACGUCAGGUUUUCCAACCCUAUUCAUACCAAAAUUAGAAAAAUUGCGAUUUGGAAUGUUUGAGACUCCUCCACUGUCUGCAAAGGAGUAAUCAGAUGGUUCAUUGACCGUCAAACCGAUAUCUUUUGUCACAGGUAACCUCGAUUUAAUGUGACCGUUUCCUUGCGUAUCACCCACGUUGUUGAGUUGACCUCGAUUGGUUUGCAUAGUCGAGUUUGACUGCACUUCAUCGUACGACGUAUGAAAGGCCGAGGCAUUCUUAUCUUGAGAGAAAGGAGAGGCAGCAAUCGAUGAAUCAUUGAUUAUCGCUCCCGGACAGUGGCCUUUGUCGAUAGAACUGCUCAUGUUACUUUGGUCACCGACUAGGUGACUUCCACCAUUUCUGCUAUUAAAUGACUUGGAACGUGCUUCACCCGAGUUCAAAGAUGCCACAAACAAUGGUCCUGUCUCGGGGGUCUUGUGACUGCUGGUCGCAGACGAAGUAGACGCUCCAGGUACACCAACAAGUCUCGAGGCAGAGUGGCGUUUGUGGCGUUCAUAGGCCAUGCCGUUAUUCUCGAUUGGGUUGAAAAAGCUGUCCGUCAGAGUUGCAGGGCCGUUCGAAAUAUUGCUCUGGUUAUGAUUGGCGUUGUCGCCGUGAUGAGAUGCGGAAAUAUGGUCCCCACGAGUUGCAUCUUCCAUGGAUUCUGCGAGCCCGCUUCCAAGUGCUGCUGCAAUAUUGUUGAAACUAGAGGUCCUUUCAUUCCGCCUGCGCUCCGGCCGUGUUUUAUCGCCCGUCGAAACAGCAUCCGCAUUUUGGCUACCGGUAGCAGCGAUUCCACCAUUCUCGGACCACAAACCUGAUUGAGCAACAAAGCCAGGUGGGGUUGAGGUCRUUCCGGUUUUCGACAAAUGGUUCCCUUGUGAGUCUGUCAUCCAAGACUUGCUGGGAGAUGGAGUUGGAGAAGCCAUUUUGGUGCUUUCAAUGGACGGCGAUGUGCAGUAUGAAUUGUUUUGUUUGCCCACUGGAUGGAAAUAUUGGCACUUCCCUCUCUCUUUAUUGCUGUAGAGAAACAACGCACAAGAAACAAAAUUCUUGUGACUAAAAUUUGUGACUUGCC